UUGAAAUGUUCGAUAGGUAGGGAGGUUGUGCGAGGUCACGUCGUUCGGGAGGCUCCGGUGUUGUCGGGCGCGGCGCGAGGCGGUCUGGGCGCCGCCGCGGCGCUAACGGUCGACGCGCGCAAGCCGACAGCGACCUCUUGCGUGCGCCGCACACCCUCCGCGAGUUUAAGUCCGGUGACCACGUUGCGGACUCUACCGCUUCUCACACUGCCAUCGAAUCUUUAUCUAAAUAUCAGUUCCAGAGGCUUCGUCUCUAUUGAACGUCGCGAAUUUUUAUCAUUAACGCCUUCCCAGCGUAAAAUUUUACGAAUUUCAUUCUAG